GAGGGGAGUGGACAAACUUCAACAUUGCCCAAGUGAUUAGCCUGGUCAGUGGUGGGGAGCCCUUGACAGGCAGUGGCUGUGUGCAGAGACCGGUCAGAUCUGUCGGAGGGAGGCACUACGUUCUUCAGCGACACAAGAGAUCAGAUGCACAGGAACCUCCCUGAGUGUUUAUUCCCUUGGGUGUUUGCAGACGCUGGCAUCUCAGAAGUGGCUCAGCUCCGACUGGUGAACAGCAGGAGUCGCUGCGCUGGGAGGGUCGAGGUGCUUCACAACCAGCAGUGGGGAACCGUGUGUGACGACGGCUGGGACUUACAGGAUGCCGGAGUCGUAUGCAGGCAGCUGGGCUGUGGGACGGCGUUAUCAGCCCCAAGAGGGGCUCGAUUUGGGCAAGGGUCAGACCGUAUCUGGCUGAAUAAAGUGAACUGCGCAGGGACAGAAGGUGCCCUCUCCGAUUGCAGGAUUUGGCUUGGGGGAAAGAAUAACUGUAACCACGGAGAAGAUGCUGGUGUUGUGUGCUCAGACUCAGACAUCUCAGAACCGGCUCAGAUCCGACUGGUGAACAGCAGGAGUCGCUGCGCUGGGAGGGUCGAGGUGCUUCACAACCAGCAGUGGGGAACCGUGUGUGAUGACAGCUGGGACUUACAGGAUGCCGGAGUCGUGUGCAGGCAGCUGGGCUGUGGGACGGCGUUAUCAGCCCCAGGAGGGGCUCGCUUUGGGCGAGGGUCAGACCGUAUCUGGCUGGAUGACGUCAACUGUACAGGGACAGAAGCUGCCCUCUCUGAUUGCCGGGUGCAGUCUUGGGGAGAGAGUGACUGUACCCACGGAGAAGCUGCCAGUGUUGUGUGCUCAGACGCUGGCAUCUCAGAAGUGGCUCAGAUCCGACUGGCGAACGGCCCGAAUCACUGCGCUGGGAGGGUCGAGGUGCUUCACAACCAGCAGUGGGGAACCGUGUGUGAUUACAGCUGGGACUUACAGGAUGCCGGAGUCGUGUGCAGGCAGCUGGGCUGUGGGACGGCGUUAUCAGCCCCAGGAGGGGCUCAAUUUGGGCGAGGAUCUGACCGUAUUUGGCUGGCUGACGUCAACUGCAGAGGGACAGAAGUUGCCCUCUCCGAUUGCAGGGCUCGGCCUUGGGGAGACAGUAACUGUACCCACGGAGAAGAUGCUAGUGUUGUGUGCACAGACGUGAGGCUGGUAGGUGGCCCCCACCGCUGCGCCGGGCGGGUGGAGGUGCGUCUGGACGGGCGCUGGGGCACCGUGUGUGACGACGGCUGGGACCUGGGCGACGUGGCCGUGGUGUGCAGGCAGCUGGGCUGCGGGAAGGCCAUGGAAGCGCUGAGUCGUAAAGUGUUCGGCCCGGGCAACGAGUUAGACCCUGUCCUGAUGAUGGACGUGCAGUGCCAGGGGACAGAGGCGGCGCUGGGGAGCUGCUCGUACAUGGAUCCAGGGGACUUCUGCCAGCAUGAUGAGGACGCAGGGGCCCGUUGCAAAGCUGCCGACGUGGGAGUCUCCUCCUCCUCCUCAGCCACUGGGAUCCCCCCGCGCAGCCCCGGAACAGGCGUCCCAGCAGCUGGGUUUGCUUUGCCAGACGUGAGGCUGGUAGGUGGCCCCCACCGCUGCGCCGGGCGGGUGGAGGUGCGUCUGGACGGGCGCUGGGGCACCGUGUGUGACGACGGCUGGGACCUGAGCGACGUGGCCGUGGUGUGCAGGCAGCUGGGCUGUGGGCCGGCCAUGGAAGCACUGAGUGGUAAAGUGUUCGGCCCGGGCCCCAAGUCGGAGCCUGUCCUGAUGCUGAACGUGCAGUGCCAGGGGACAGAGGCGGCGCUGGGGAACUGCUCGUACAUGGAUCCAGGGGACCUCUGCCAGCAUGAUGAGGAUGCAGGGGCCCGUUGCCAAGGUGCCUCCUCAGGUAUGUAUUUCUGGUGCCCAGGGGGCUGCCCUUUGCCAGAGCCCAGGCCAGGAUCCCAACCCCCCUGGCAUCACAGCUGGGGCCUGAGCAGAGGUGACCACGGCCGCCCUUUGGAGAAUCAGCUGCCCAAGCAUAGGUCCCAGAGUGCAACGGUGUUAAGGAACCUGCCUGAAGUUAGGUCCCAGCAUGCAAUAGGAGCGAAGAGGCUGGCCAAGCACAGAUCCCAGAAUGCAACGGGAGCAAGGUGGCUGCCUGAGUGCAGGUCCCAGCAUGCAAUGAGAGCAAGGGAGCUGCAUGAGGGCAGUGAUGAUGUGACGACAUGGCCAGCAGAAGCUCUGGGUGUUUCCAUUCCUGGGGUCUCCCCGCACAGCCCUGGAGCAGGCGUCUCAGCAGCUGCAUUUGCUUUGCCAGACGUGAGGCUGGUAGAUGGCCCCCACCGCUGUGCCGGGCGGGUGGAGGUGCGUCUGGACGGGCGCUGGGGCACCGUGUGUGACGACGGCUGGGACAUCAGCGACGUGGCCGUGGUGUGCAGGCAGUUGGGCUGUGGGCCGGCCAUGGAAGCGCUGAGUGGUAAAGGGUUCCGCCCGGGCGUCAAGUCAGACCCUGUCCUGAUGAGGAACGUUCAGUGCCAGGGGACAGAGGCCGCGCUGGGGAGCUGCCCGAACACGGAUCCAGGGGACCUCUGCCAGCAUGAUAAGGACGCUGGAGCCCGUUGCAAAGAGCCCUUCGCACUGCGGCUGGCGGACGGCCCAGGCAAGUGCUCCGGGCGGCUAGAGGUGCGGUAUGAUGGGCUGUGGGGCACCGUGUGUGACAACGACUGGUCGGACACCAACGCCCAAGUGGUCUGCCGGGAGCUGCGCUGUGGCCAAGCCAAGCCACUGGCCCCAAAGCUGCAGGAUUGGCCCCGCUUUCGCCAGGGUACAGGGAAAAUCUGGCUGGACAACAUCCGCUGCAAAGGCACCGAGGAGACCCUGCAGAACUGUGCCCACCACUUCUGGGGCUACCACAACUGCACCCACCAGAAGGACAUCAGCGUGAUCUGCCAGGGGCUGCCCAGGCUGGGUGGGGUGAGAGGAGCGCUUGGCACCGGAUCGCGGCAGGACGGAGCUGCUCGCCCCGGGGGAACCAUGGAUCUGCGGCUGUGCCUCUUGUUCUGCUUCGCUGCCAAUGUGGGAGUCUCCUCCUCCUCCUCAGACGUGAGGCUGGUAGAUGGCCCCCAUCGCUGUGCCGGGCGGGUGGAGGUGCGUCUGGACGGGCGCUGGGGCACCGUGUGUGACGACGGCUGGGACCUGGGCGACGUGGCCGUGGUGUGCAGGCAGCUGGGCUGUGGGCCGGCCAUGGAAGCGCUGAGUGGUAAAGUGUUUGGCCCGGGCAACGAGUCAGACCCUGUCCUGAUGCUGAACGUGCAGUGCCAGGGGACAGAGGCGGCGCUGGGGAGCUGCCCGUACGUGGAUCCAGGGGACUUCUGCCAGCAUGACGAGGAUGCGGGAGCCCGUUGCCAAGCUGCACAGCUCCCAGAGCCACCUGUCCGGUUGGUGGGCAACGCCACACGCUGCAGUGGGCAGGUGGAGAUUUUCUAUGACGGCCGCUGGGGUGCUGUGUGUGGGUUGGGCUGGGACCUGACCGAUGCCAAGGUGCUGUGCCGGGAGCUAGGCUGUGGGAGCCCGCGGUACGUCACCCACCACUGCAGCAAGUUCAGUCGGAGCUCAGCACCUAUCCUGCUGGGCCAGCUGAAGUGCACCGGGCAGGAGGCCUCGCUGACCCACUGCCAAGCCCAAGCCUGGGAGGGGCGGCACUGCCCCCACCACCGGGACACUGGAGUCAUGUGCCAAGAGCCCUUCGCACUGCGGCUGGUGAACGGCCCAAGCAAGUGCUCCGGGCGGCUGGAGGUGCGGUAUGAUGGGCUGUGGGGCACCGUGUGUGAUGACAACUGGUCGGAGACCAACGCCCAAGUGGUCUGUCGGGAGCUGGGCUGUGGCCCAGCCGAGCCACUGGCCCCAAAGCUGCAGGAUUGGCCCCGCUUUGGCCAGGGUACGGGGAAAAUCUGGCUGGAUGACAUCCGCUGCAAAGGCACUGAGGAGACCCUGCAGAACUGUGCCCACCGCUUAUGGAGCUACCACGACUGCACCCACCGGGAGGACAUCAGCGUGGUCUGCCAGGACAACUGAGCCGGCCACAGCUCCUCCACAGCUUCCCAUUGAUUCCCCCCGUCCCCGAGCUUUCAGUGCAUCCCCCAUGCCCCCAGGCCCUUCCUCUCUGCUGCCAGGCUCCCCGGCUCUGUCCGCCCAGCCUGGGGAUGGC